AUGUCAUUACCAUCAGAUUACUAUGCCGUCCUUGGCAUAUCCUCCACGGCAACUCAGCAACAGAUCCGUGAUGCCUACAAAAGAGCAGCUCUAAAGUCGCACCCUGACCGCGUACCCUCCGACUCCCCCGAACGCGCCGAGAGAACCCGUAAGUUUCAACAAAUUAAUGACGCAUACUAUACCCUCUCCGAACCCUCCCGUCGUCGCGACUAUGAUGCUGCACGUUCCUAUCAUGGAUUUGGCUCCGGAGCCUCUACUGCCUCAACAUCUAUGGACGACGAUGAGGAAAUCCCCGAUCCAACUGGCGGAUCGGGAGGUUUCCCAGGCGGAUUCCCUUGGUCCAGUUUUGGAUUUUCUUCAAAAGCAAAGAAUGCAGAGGAGGAAAAAGAGUUCGAAGACGCACAGUUUGGUGACGUAUUUGAAGAGAUGUUGAGGGAGGAGGGGCUGGCGGAGAAUAAUAAUAAACCUACUGGAACAUUCUGGAGUAUGUUGGGGGGUUUGAGUGGAGGGGCCAUGGGCUUUAUUGUUGCAAAUUUCCCGGGGAUGUUGGCCGGAGCGGUAGCGGGGAACAGGUUAGGGGCUGUUAGGGAUGCGAAGGGAAAGAGUGUUUAUGCUGUUUUCCAGGAACUUCCUCAAGGUGAUAAAGCUAGACUAUUAAGUCAGCUUGCCGCAAAGGUCUUCAGUCAUGCUGAUGAAUCGUUUUAG